AUGGCUUCUACCGCAAGCGAUCAAUACGCCACUCUAAUUAAAUUAUGUAUUCUUCUGAAUACCAUUUCUUUCAUUUCUUCUUUUGCCUCAUGCGUAACAUUUGGCUUUAUACGAACAUACUAUCCUAAACUUGCAGAUCGUGUUUCAUUUCGUUUAAGUUUUGCGGCCUUACUCUGUAAUAUAGGCUAUUCUGGUCAUCAUUUAUUAGUUUUUUGUUGGGAUGCUACUCCAGGUUUUUUAUGUGUAUACGCGCCUUGGGCAAUCGUAUUUUUUGCUCUUUCUUCUACAUUUUUUAUCGUUUGUAUAGCUUUGGGUCUGCAACCGGGCACUAAUUGUUGGUAUCUUACUUCUGAUCAUAAACGAAAAAUAAUAUGGGAAUGGGUUACUCUUUUCAGUUGGAUAGAUACAUCUAUAUUGUAUUGUGCAAUUGUUAUUAUUAUGGUCAUUAGAAAACUCAAAUUUGCGGCAAAACAAAUGGAUGCUUUUGAUUUUUCUUUGACUACUCGGUUAUCUAGUAAUCCUCCCAUAAUUGAUAAGGCUAUGAUUUCGUCUGUUGUCAGAAAAGUCGUGUGGUAUCCUGUGUUGCCGGUAGCUCAAAUUUUUGGCUCUUUCACUGAAACUUAUUAUUAUGUUAAUAAUACAACCACUUAUCCAUUAAUGUUAACUAGCUUUAGUUGCAUGGCAAUUCAAGGAUUACUGAAUGCUUUAGUAUUUUCACAAGAUGUUGCAGUUACCCGUACUUUUCAGGCUGUUAAACUACAAUGGUGGAUCUCCAAUGUUAACUCUUAUGAGUCACAUUAUCCUCAUCGAUCUAACAACAAAGCCAUUGAAGAUAAGUUCAGCACACUAGGAAAAUUCAAUGAUUUUGUUGAAUUGAAAGCUCUAAAUUGCAAUAAUGCUGAUAUCAUUAAAAUUUCAGAACCAUCUUUCUUAGAAUGGUUAAGCUAUAUGCUAUUAAUUAAACUUUUCUCUCCUCCAAAAAGUCCAUCUCGAUUAACACCAAUUAAUACUUUUGUUGGCAAUGACGAUUCAAAUCAGGAUGUAAAUCUUGAUGAUCAAAAUGAUGAUCAAGUUAUUCUUCCUAAACCUGCUCAUUUAAAAGAUUCUAAUCAAUAUUCCUCAUCAUCUCAUUGUUUAAAUCUGUCAAAUUCAUAUGAGCCCUUAAUAGGUAGUUCUAAAAGUUAUCAAGCUAACCAGACUAAUAAUACAGAUGUAAUUGAUAUAUUAAACUGUGCGGUUGAAGAUGAAGGACGAAUUGAUAUUAUGAAUAUUAUUGGUGAAUCAACAAAAAGAAUAUCAGAAGAAUUUACGAGAGUUCUUGGUUCAGAUGUCGAAUUAUUUAAAGAAACUAAGAAAAUGUUGAGAAAGCUUUAA